GAUCUAUUAACCUUGCCUUAAAUCCACCGUAGACAAACGGAAACCGGAAGGACAGAGCUUCUGCAACUUUUUAACCAAACAUUUGAGAAUAGCUACAUGUUUGGAUGUGUUCUAUUGAGUCUAUAAUGGAGAGAGAUAUAGGAACAAUAUAUGCUAUAAGGGCUGUUGGGUGAGUAUGUACGUGUACUUUGAAAACUGAUUAGAUAAUGUCUGCUAUCUAGCUAAGAGAUGUCGUACUGCACGUGCCAGAUGGGGUAGACAAGUAAACAGCACAAAAGUAACUUAGCUAGUCGCUGAGAGGCUCAGUUUCAUAAGUAUGAUUUCGCUACGGUGUGUUUUCUGAACCUUAACUAUCUAUCUAUCUAGCUAUUACACGUGUUGGUUGAUCUCGGUCAUUACUUUAACAUUAUGUCAGGUACACAAGCAGUGUCUGUGUCAGACGGUGCAGGUGUGAUGAGCUUCCUUGUCCGCUGCUCACUUGGCUGGCGUCAGAAUUGAGGGCUGUCUGCUCAGAGUUACAGGGUAUGACAUUACAACUAAGUAAUCAUGCAAUUGUACAUUAUACAAGGGUAGCAACUAGCAGGUGCACAUACAGACCACAUAAUAUAUAUAUUUUGAUGUUUUAUUGUCACAUACACAGACAGAAAGACUGGUGUUGUCCUAGUGGGGGAGUUGCGGACCCUGCUGACCGAGUUACUUUGUCCCUACGCUGCACUGACCACAGAUACACUGAGUCCUCCUCUCCUCAACAGAGUCACUGGUGAGAGAGAUUAGGCAGGUGGGAGUUCUUGAAAUGUCAAUAAAAUGUUGAAGUGAAUGAUAUGAGUUUGUAUUGUUGAUGCUAUUGUCCUUAUGGUCUUAUUUGCAGAGUUCAUGGUGUCAGAAUUACAAGCAGCACGCAUACUUCAACAGAAAGAAUUACAUCCAGAGGAUGAGAAGAUUGAAGGUAAAUCUGAGAAAGAGCAGAGAGCGGAAGAUCCCAGCAUUGUCGAUAAAAAGAACUGGUGUCAAGAAUAUGAAGAUGGCCAGGAGAUGGAACAAGGGGACAGGAAGGAAGAAACAGAGAGUGAAUUGGCUCUGUUGCUUCAAACCUUAAACAUGGAUGAGUCUUCUCGGCUUACAGAUGUGUGCCAUCAGGUAAGGAUGAGAUGGACUCCGACAGGAAUGUGAUAUGAAAAGUGUCUGCAGAAUUUUGUUGUUGAUACAGUGCACACUUCUCUCUCACGCUUUACUAUUCAGGUGGAGUCACGUCUUGCGGUAUUGCCGUGUGGCGAUAUGACAGAACCUCUGCUGGACACCAAUCUCAACUCUGCGCAAUGGGUAGGUUUUCAAAGGAGGGGGUGGUUUUCCUCAUGAGAGUGCUGAAGAAUGUUCAGUGUAUUUGUAGCCUUAUUUGUUCACCAGGUUAUUAAUUUCUCUGUCGGUUUUUCCACCCAUUUAGAGGCAAGUCCAGAAGAUAAAUCAGGCUCUAUUAGAGGACUACCAGUGUCGACGCCAAAUGAUGAUCAAACGUUUUCAGGUCACACUUCAGUCCUUUGCCUGGGGAGAGAAGGAAAAGGUAUGCAACAAUGCCUCUCUACGAAAAGUUACUUGAUAUGCAGGCUAAAUCGAUAGUGGGUGUACAAAAUGGUACACUCAAUGUAUGUCCACAUUAAAAGCACUAGAGUGCAAAUAUUUAAUUGUAGUCAAUGGGACGCAAGGCCACGUCGAGCAGAACUAGCAGUCAUGUGCACAGCACAGAAAUGGACUUUGUUCCUAUCUGCACAGCUUCAGGGAGCAAGCUGCACCCCAUGUCGAACAGUCUAUACUCUAUAAGGCGUUGCCAGUGCUGACCUUUGGAUCAUAUCUGCUAGAUAUGGUAGUGUGAUAAGAUCUCCAACUCCUAAGGACCAUAUUCAAUCAGACCUGGGUCUCCAGAAUAAGUCCAAUAUAAAAAUUGUCUGGAGUUGCAAGAAUCCACAGUUGUACUCCACCAAAAAAUAUUACAGUAUAUAACAAAAAUAACUUAAACAUGCCCUUUUCUUGCAUGGGCGGAAUGUCCCCCCCCCCCCCCCCCCUGGAUACCAGAUGACAGGUUUUCAUUGAAAAGGGUCAGACAGAGGAUCUUGAGAGGGAGAAUUUUUGCAGGGAACAGCAAGUUAAGGCAUGUCAGUCAGGAGCAAAACGUUGAAGUCCUCAGAUGUAAAAUCAAGGAAGAGGACUGAGAGUUUCACCAUGGUGACAUGAAGUGUGAAGAGGUGUGAUGAGCAACUGAACUUUUUGCAUUCAGUGAGCAUUUACAGAGGGCGCAGCGAUGAAGUCAGAACCAGGAAGUGUAGUUCCACAGUCAGCAAGAAAAUGAGGAUGACAAUCUGUGUAAGUCAGAGUUCACUUUUUGCAUAUUUAUAUGAAUAUAGACUUUUGACAGUAACACAGAUCGCAAAAAUAUAUUGUUUAGUUUUAUAUUCCUUUAUUGUUCGUAGAUACAUGUAUAUUAAUGGUAAACCUGUUUCCAUGUUCUCCACAGGAGCGCAGUGAAGUGCUUGCCUCAAUACCUCCCCUCUCAUCACUUCCCCUCGUAUCCCAAGUCUCCGUGUCUCUUCUGCUUGCAGCAAGAAAAGAUCAAUCUUACAUUUUACCAGUAAAGGCAGGGGAAAGCACUGCAGUCUACAAGGUAUGCUAUAGCUAACUAGCUCUGAGUUUUGUUAGAUUUUUUUUUUUUAUGAAGUUAAAGAGAUGAACUAUUCUGAUUCAUCUGUCUUCUCCUCUGUCUCUGUGAAGGUAUUGAUGGGCAGUGUACCAGACCGGGGUGGACGGCCAGGAGAAAUUGAGGCCCCCAUGCCCAUGUGGGAGGGACGGAGAGAGGGAGGAGGGAGGGGGCGUGGAGGAGGACGUGGACGUGGAGGGCCACGCGGAGGGGGCGGUCAGCAACGACAUAACUUUUCUGGGAAAAAGAGAAACAAACGAGAGUAA